CAACAGAAACAGCUUACUGCGAGCCAUGGAGGAUUUCGCUCAGGCCCUGAAGGUGAAUCCAGGCCACAACAAUGCCAGGAAGUACAUGUGUGAGACUCUACUGGCCAGGGGGCAGCAGUUGCAGGAAGAUGGAGAGGAUGAGGAGGCCAUGAUGCUGUACAGAAAAGCUCUCCUCAUCAACCCAGACUUACAGGAAGCCAAGGAGGCUUUGGAGCAAGUCAGGACCAAACUAGAGAACAUGAAGACUGUGAGUCAGGUGGACCUCACCACUGACACGGAAGAGCUGCCUGCUGAAAUAUCCUUUGCACAAAGUUCCAAGGAAAAGCUGCAGAAGCUACUGGGGGUGGAGGGAAGCAGCAAGGACAAGAGCAGGAAAAGGAAGAAAAGAAAGAGAAAACGGUCCAGCUCCAGCUCAGAUGAAGGAAACACAACCAAACUAAAGAGAAAGCAAAAAUCCUCACCGAAACGGAAGUCAGACAGUGGUUCAGAAUCAGGUGUCAGUAGAAGGAAUAGUCGUAGCAGUACACCCAGGGACAGUGGUACCUGGCCAGGAGAUGGUCAUAGGGGUAAGGGAGGUACAUGGACAGGACAUGGUCAUAGUACUGAAGGAGGUACACGGACAGGACAUGGUCAUAGUGGUGAUCAUGAGAGAGGUACAUGGUCAGGACAUAGUCAAAGUGGUGAUGGAGGUACACAAACAGGGCAUGGUUAUAGUGGCGAGGGGGGUACAUGGACAGAACAUAGAGGUGAUGGAGGUACACAGACAGGGCAUGGUCCUAGUGGUGAGGGAGGUACAUGGACAGAACAUGGAGGUGAUGGAGGUACGCGGAUAGGGCAUGGACGUAGCAGUGAAGGAGGUACAUGGACAGAACAUGGUCGCAGUAGUGAUGGAGGUACACGGACAGGGCGUGGUCGUAGCACUGAGGGAGGUACAUGGACAGAACAUGGUCAAAGUAGUGAGGGAGGUACACGGACAGGAUAUGGUCAUAGUG